CGCCUCUCUUGACGUCCCGGAUACCCUGAGCCUCUUUCCUCCCAGCCUUUCACCGUUUCGCGCUCUUUGGCGAGUCCCGCCUGUUCCCCCAGGCCGCACCAUCCAGAGCCCUCCGUGCCCUCAAGCCCCGCCUCGUACGGAAGCCGAGGCGGAGGGUCAGAAUCCGGAAGGAAAACAAUCCGGGGAGAGUAAGGUAGCCGGGACCUGCUGCCAGAGGGAGGUGGAUCGGGCCAGGAGCGGCCGGGGCGCGGCGUGGGGACGAUGGCCGCCGAGAGCCCACGGAAGACGACUGAACCGAGAAGCAAGACGCUCAGCAUACAUGUUGUGACAUGGAACGUGGCCUCUGCAGCACCUCCUCUGGACCUCAGUGAUCUCUUGCAGCUGAACAAAGACAACCUGAAUCUGGACAUGUAUGUCAUUGGUUUGCAGGAAAUGAACUGUGGGAUCAUGAGCCUCCUUUCUGACACUGCCUUUGAAGACCCAUGGAGCAGUUUCUUCAUGGAUGUGCUUUCCCCUCUGAGCUUCGUCAAGGUCUCCAGUGUCCGCAUGCAGGGGCUCCUCUUACUGUUCUUUGCCAAGCAUCAGCAUUUGCCCUUUGUCCAGAUCCUCUCUACUAAAUCCACCCCCACGGGCCUCUUCGGGUACUGGGGGAACAAAGGGGGCGUCAACAUCUGCCUGAAGCUCUAUGGCUACUACAUUAGCAUCGUCAACUGCCACCUGCCCCCUCACAUGGCCAACAAUGACCAGCGGCUGGAGCACUUUGAUCGGAUCCUGGAGAUGCAAAAUUUUGAGGGACAGGAUAUCCCCAACAUCCUGGACCAUGACCUCAUUCUAUGGUUUGGAGACAUGAACUUCCGGAUUGAUGACUUUGGGCUGCAUUUUGUCCGGGAAUCCAUAAAAAAUCGGUGUUACAGUGACCUAUGGGAGAAGGAUCAGCUCAGCAUCGCCAAGAGACACGAUCCACUGCUCCGGGAGUUCCAGGAGGGCCCCCUGCUCUUCCCACCCACCUACAAGUUCGAUAAGAACUCCAACAACUAUGACACCAGUGAGAAAAAACGCAAGCCUGCUUGGACCGACCGUAUCCUGUGGAGGUUGAAGCGGCAGCCCCAGGCCAACCCCCAAACCCAGAGGCCGCCAGCCCCCCACUUCUUCCUGUCUCUGAGGAGCUAUGUCAGCCACAUGAUGUACUGUGUCAGUGACCAUAAGCCUGUGACCAGCACCUUUGACUUGGAGCUGAAGCCUUUGGUGUCUACCCCACCGAUCACCCUGAUGCCUGAGGGGCUGUGGACCAUGGAGAACGUCAUGUUGAUCAGCUACUCCUUGACCCCAGACUUUCCCAGCAGCCCCUGGGACUGGAUUGGACUAUACAAGGUGGGGCUGCGCCACAUUAAUGACUAUGUGUCCUAUGUCUGGGUCAGGGACAACCAGGUCUCCUUCAGCGACGGGCUGAGCCAGGUUUACUUCAAUAUCAGUGACAUCCCUGAGACCGAGGGCCAGUUUCUCCUCUGUUACUAUAGCAACAAUCUGCAUUCUGUGGUGGGAAUAAGCAAACCCUUCAAGAUCCAGCGUGGCUCCUUCUUGGCGGAGGACCCACUGGGUGAAUCCCAACCACACAUCUGAGCCUGGAUAAGAGUGGUUCCAGGGCGGAGGCCAGAGCUGGCAGCCAGCUCUGCCCACCACUGCCAGGAGCACCAGGGGCCAGGCCCAGCCCCCAGAGGAGGUAGCAGGUAUCCUCCACCUCCCAGGGGGAGCUCUAGCCACACUCCUUGGCUCUCUCUGGUCCAGAUCUCUAGAAUUGGCCCCUUAAAUACAGGUUUUUGUUGCUGAGAUAUGAGUGAAACCAACUAGUUUGUCAACACGGAAGACCUGGGACAGAGCCCUGGAUGUGGGAAGGACCCUCCAGCCUAUAUUUCGUUUCUCGAUUUUCCCCACACACACUUCCAGUCCUGCCCAAGCAGGCCUGCCAGGCACAUGCCCCAUCUGGCACAGGCCUGCAUUCUUGUCACGGCAUCCUGGGCCUCAGACUGCCUGGGAGGGGGAGAUGCUCACAUUUGCACAGGCCCCAUAGACUGCUUAGCACAAGCAGCCUGGGUUCUGGGAGUCUUGGCAUCUCGUUGCCCAUCCCCCUGCAGGAUGGGCAGAGGGUGUGGGAUCCCUGCUUUUGACAAAAGCAAUUAGACUAAGUGGGCAGGAUGAAGGGCCCCUCCACCCAAGCUCUUAGUAAGUGUUGUGGGUAGGAGCCUGACCCAUGGAGUCUGAUGCAGAAGUUCACUGUCUGAGCAAAGGAUUGGCCCCAGAUUGGCUUGUGCUGGUGGGUCAGGUUCCAUGCCCUAACCUGCCCUCCUGUGAAAGGGUUGGCAGGUGAUAGAGGAGCUGUGGCCACAGACUUUUCCAGGGGCUUUCUUGCCCAGUCGAGCUCAUCUGCUCCUUCCCACCCUCACCUGCAGUGACUGGCCAGGAACCCGCCCUCUCUCUAGACUGCCCUAGCACCUGAAGCGGAGGCAGGCAGAGAAGGGAGCCAGGAUCCAGUCAUUUUGGAGAAUCCGGCCUUGAGGGUCUUCUGAGAGCAUUCUCUGGGUGCUGUGUGGGCACUCAGUCCCACUCCCGCCACUUGCCUCCAGCCACUGGUGAUUCAAUGGCCCUUCUCCCAGGAGAAGACACCUCAGGGAACCUGCUCUGUGACGGUCACAUCCAUCCUCUGACCUGAGACUGAGGGACACUCCUCACUCUGUGAUCCAUACUCCACCCUGGGAGCCGUGUGUACCAUCAAGAACUGUCCCCCUGGCUUCUAGUGGCCCAUGGCUGUGUUCUAUGUCUGUUGUAUUGGGGGAUCAUUAGAAACAUGACUUUUA